CUCUUCCGUACUUGGAUCUCUGGUGCAGGUGAUACAGGGCCGGGGUGGUCCUGCUCUCACAGCACCUGUAUCACCAGUGCAUGGCUUUAUGCAGCAAGAGUGGGAUACUAAGUGCGAAGGCGAAGCGAACGAAAGAAGAAAGAGAAAAACAAGAAAAAAUAUUGUCUAAUUACAGGCAUCGGGCAGCAUGGCGUAAGGGCGAAAAAGUUUUUCCAAUAACCAAAGUCAAUUUGUUUUACCUUUUCUCUUUUCACGCAUUAUUAUUGAUAGGAGACAGCUGUUCUAGCUGUUGGGUGGCUUCACCUGGAUUGUUACCUACCUACUUACAUACCAUACCGACUUAUACGAUUACACACAUAUGAAGAGUUCGAAUGGAUGUUGUAUAUCACGCAAUACUUUUAUUC